AAUGUUUGGCUAUGCCUGAUCAUAAGUCUGACUUUGAAAGUUGUCCGGUUGUUUCCUGUGUCUUCAAAGGCCAGAUUCAGCGAGUUCUUUGUCAUAUCAGACAAUCUCACAAUGCUAACGACAUCCCGGAUUUGUUUGUCUCUCGUUUGAACCUUUCGAAAUGUCACCAUUGCUCAAAGUUGUUUGCGAAACUUGGGCAACAUCUGUCACAAUGCAAGAAGAAACUUUCCUGCUCGACUGUUGGUUUUGAAUUUGAAUCUGUUUCCAGCCAAUGUCCUUCAAAUCUGUCACCAUCUUCAAAGAAUGCUCACACCUUACCUACUUUUGAGGCGCCUCUAACCCGUGGUGUGCUACCAGAAACUUAUACAUCUUCUGCUUCUCCUUCACGGGAAACUGAAGCAUGGGAGUACAUCCGGUCUUUAUCAUCAGAGGAGAUCCUCAAAAUGAUUCCAGUGAGAACGGUGCAGAAGAUCAAACCUGCUAUGAAAGCUAACUUCCUGGAUUGCUGUUCAGUAGCCUUCAGAAAGAUCAGAAAUGACCCAACAGAUGAAACAGGCUGGAAAUUGCUGCUGCUGAUACCGCGUAUGGUAUUACAACCGCUUACAAGGGGCGGAAAAGCAAAACUAUCUGUCAUGCAAUCCAUGUAUAAGCAGUUCCGUAACUUCCAAUGGGAGGACUUACUGUCUAGCGGUAGAGAAGACACGAAGAAAGGGAAUGCUAAAGCUAACUCCAGAGAUCACGUCAAGAGAGCUGCCCUAAGUCUGGUCCGAUGUGGUGAACUUUCAAGAGCUGCUCGUGUUCUUACAAGCUCAGGAUUAGCUCCAGCUACUCCAGAUACAGCUCACAAGCUUGCUGAGAAACAUCCUAUCCGGGUGUUUGACAUUCCGGACAUGCCAUCUCCGGACAUGCCAUCUCCAGACAUGCCAUCGCCUGCUAUGCAUAUCAGUUUGUCAAAACAACAUUUGUUUAAUCCCAUCAAGAAAUCACCAAGAGGCUCAGGGUGUGGCCCAUCAGGAUGGCGAUAUGAACACCUAAAAGUUAUUGCUUCCGACACAGUUUCUGCUGAACAGUUGCAUUUUGCUUUUUCUUGUAUUGCCAAUGGAUCAGUCCCUGUUUCAAUUGCCAGGUUGUUGUCCUCAGCACGGCUGAUUGCUUUGCCCAAAGCCUCAGGAGACGUUCGACCAAUAGCUAGCUAUUGGAGAAGUGUUCAGAAGAACUACUGCAAAAUGUAUUUGUGCACAGAUGAAAAGUGA